UAUUGCAUUAAUUUACUAAUGGUAUCGUCCUUCUAACAUUUGAAUUGAGCAUGUUGUGAAAAUAAGAUAAUAUUCUGUAAUCGUACUCACUUACCUAGUGUCAAUUCAUGGAAAAAUACAGAAUUUGUUGAGCUCCACAACAGAUUUGCCAGUGUUGCCAAUCAAUAAAAACCAAAAUAAUACCGUAUACAAGCUAAUACUGAGAAUCUUUGCUGAGAAUACAUAGUGCAUGCUACUGUAGUUAUUCAAUGGAAUUUCACAUUGAUAGUCAUAACCCAUUUUGAAUUUUUCCAUGUAACAUUUUGAUAUCGUACCAGCUACCACGUUUCACAACACAUACCGGCAACGGCAUCGGCAACGUUGUGUUCGAAUUUGAUUGGCUAUCGACAGCGUUAUCACAAUCGAUAAAGGGAUUUGCGUACUACGCAGACUACGCUAGUACGCUGACGUCAUUCAUAAACAAUCGUUUGCACGAGCGAGAAAGAGACAGGCGGUUGAAAAAAGAGUUCGACGUCGACCUUCCAGAUGUGCUCGUAGCUCGUUCGUAGAAUUCAAACAUUAUUUCAAAACAACAGCAGUGAACGUUGUUCCGGUGUCUAUUAGGUUAAUCUGGGAUUUUGAAAGCAUUUUGCGAAAUGGAUGCUCCUCUUCGUGAACAAGUAAUGAUCAAUCAAUUCGUACUGGCAGCAGGCUGUGCACACGAACAGGCUAAACAGAUACUGCAAUCGGCCCAUUGGCAAUUUGAGGUGAUGACCCCAUGCAACACCCCCGCCACACCCCCCAACUUCCCCGACACCCUGCUGGCGUUCUCCAAGAUGUCGGCGGGCAACGGCAACAGCCCCUCGGCCAACGGCAAUCCUCCCCCAGUGGCGCGCCGCUCCCCCCAAACGAUGACGCAACAGCAGCGAUAA